AUGGACGUCACCAUCCAGCACCCUUGGUUCAAGCGCGCCCUGGGGCCCUUCUACCCCAGCCGACUGUUCGACCAGUUCUUCGGCGAGGGCCUUUUUGAAUACGACCUGCUGCCCUUCCUGUCUUCCACCAUCAGCCCCUAUUACCGCCAGUCCCUCUUCCGCACGGUGCUGGACUCUGGCAUCUCUGAGCUCAUGACCCAUAUGUGGUUUGUAAUGCAUCAACCACAUGCUGGAAACCCCAAGACCAACCCCAUCAAGGCAAGUUACAUGGCAAAGGUCCGAUCCGACCGGGACAAGUUUGUCAUUUUCUUGGACGUGAAGCACUUCUCUCCUGAGGACCUCACCGUGAAGGUUCUGGAGGACUUCGUGGAGAUCCACGGAAAGCACAACGAGAGGCAGGAUGAUCAUGGCUACAUUUCUCGUGAGUUUCACCGUCGCUACCGUCUGCCUUCCAAUGUGGACCAGUCUGCCCUCUCCUGCUCCCUGUCUGCGGAUGGUAUGCUGACCUUCUCUGGCCCCAAGGUCCAGUCUGGCUUGGAUGCUGGCCACAGCGAGAGGGCCAUUCCUGUGUCACGGGAGGAGAAGCCCAGCUCGGCACCCUCGUCCUGAGCAGGCCUCACCUUGGUUUGUCCCCUGAGGCCCCUGACAAGCCCAGGGCCCACAGCAGAGUCUGCCCACCCUCUUACUUUCCUUCCUUUCUGUUUCCUUUCUUCUUCCUCAGAGGGCUGAGGGUUUGAGUGAGUGGCUUAGAGGGCUUGGGGUCUUGGCCUGAGGUGCUAUGGAGUCCUGGGUGACCCAGGCUCAACACUAUCCAGUCAGAGAUAAUGAUGGCAUUGAACUCUCAAGAUAUGACCUGCCCUCCUGGAAUGUGGCAUCUGAGCUCUGCUCCAAAGGCAGAGUGAGUGGUAGCUAGCCAACUCUG